CCUGAUGCUGGUCCUGGCUCUGGCUCUGGCUCUGGCUCCGGUCUUGGCUUCGAUCUCGGUUUUUGUCUCGAUUUUGGGAUUGGCUCGGAACUGGAAUCAAAAAACUAAUACCGAAUCCAUCCCCGUUCUUCUUCGGCGGAGUGCCCUGAGAACGAACAGAAAUGUUGCUGGGUCUAUCCUCGUUGGUAGCAGCUGUACUCACCGAUGCCGCGUAGCCAGUAGUAGGAGUUCGCGUUCGUGUGCUGCUAGAUGCCCUAUCUUGGCCAAGACUCUGCUUGCUUGAACCCAACGUCGGAGACGCGCUGUGUCUUCGCAGGAGCUUGGCCUUGAUACGGGCUGUGAGAUCACCCAUCUGACCUGCCGUUGAGUGAAGUCAUAAAGGGAAAAGAAUCAGACUCCUUUUAUUUUUCUUCCUUUCAAAAUAUUUCAAAAACAUGCAGGGCCGAGUCCGCUUGACUUCGAUAUUAGUGUCAAAGUAUGUAUGCAAAUAAAACAAAAAGGAAGUAGAGAUAGGUAGAAGAUGGGAGGGUGAGCUAUUGGAGAAGCCCCCAUCGAUUUGUGCUUGUUUACCUGCCGGGUGGAUAAGACGGACGAUAUGAUAGAAUAGAUAAUAAUAAAUAUAAUAGUAAUAUAUAAGCGUAUAAAUCACAUACUGUAAGUUCUUAUUUUUUCUUUUUUUUUCUUUUCUUUUUUUCUCUCUUCCCCUUUUACGACCAGGUCAACAUGCAGCACGUGUGCUAUGGUAGAAACAAUC